GCAAGGAAGAGCAGGAGACGUUUGGCGCCGGUUCCAGUUGCUGUCUGACUGUGGAGGCGGCGGGCCGGUGAUCGGCUGAGCCUCGGAAAGAGUUUACACACCGAGACUUUACUGCAGUUUCUUGACAAUAGCAAGCUUUUAGCAGCUAAUUGAUUAACUUGUCGCCUAUCAAGAGUUUGCCCAGCAGGCAGACGGAAACACCUUGAACAUGCCUCCUGUCGAAAACGACUCCGGGAAGAAUGGACUCAAGUCUGAAAUACAGCAGCUUAUCGACUCCAAUCAAGUGUGUGUUUUCAGCAAAAGCUACUGUCCAUUUUGUGUUAAGGUGAAGGAUUUGUUCAAAGAGCUGAAUGUGGAUUGUAACGUGGUGGAGUUGGAUCUCCUAGAGAAUGGAGCAAUCUAUCAGGAUACGCUGCUGGAAAUGACUGGACAGAAGACGGUUCCUAAUGUUUUCAUCAAUAAGACUCACGUUGGCGGCUGUGAUAAAACACUGCAGGCUCAUAAAGACGGCAGCUUGCAGCAGCUGCUCAGCGGGGAGAAUGAAGCGUACGAUUACGACCUGAUCGUCAUCGGAGGAGGAUCGGGGGGCCUGGCCUGCUCAAAGGAAGCUGCCGCGUUGGGGAAGAAGGUCAUGGUUCUGGACUAUGUUGUUCCUACACCCAAAGGAACCACCUGGGGUCUUGGUGGAACCUGUGUGAACGUGGGCUGCAUUCCCAAGAAGCUGAUGCACCAGACGGCCCUGCUGGGAACAGCCAUGCACGACGCACGCAAGUUCGGCUGGCAGUUUGAUGAAUCAGUGAAGCAUAACUGGGAGACGAUGAAGGAAGGAGUGAACAACUACAUCGGCUCUCUGAACUGGAACUACAGAGUCGCGCUGAGGGACAAGAAUGUCAACUACGUCAAUGCCUAUGCAGAAUUCAUCGAACCUCACAAAAUCAAGGGAACAAACAAACGAGGGAAAGAGACGUUUUACACGUCAGCCAGGUUUGUCCUGGCUACGGGGGAGCGGCCGCGGUACCUGGGCAUCCCCGGGGACAAGGAGUACUGCAUCACCAGUGACGACCUGUUCUCUCUGCCUCACUGCCCUGGGAAGACCCUGGUGAUCGGGGCGUCCUACGUGGCUCUGGAGUGCGGGGGCUUCCUGGCCGGCCUGGGGCUGGACGUCACCGUCAUGGUGCGCUCCAUCCUGCUGCGGGGCUUCGACCAGGACAUGGCCAACCGCGCUGGAGAACACAUGGAGGAGCACGGAGUCAAGUUCCUCCGCAAAUACGUCCCCGUCAAGAUCGAGGAGCUGGAGGCCGGUUCUCCCGGCAGGUUGAAGGUGACGGCAAAGUCCACAGAGACGGACGAGCUCAUCGAGGGAGAGUACAACACCGUGUUGAUAGCCGUGGGCCGAGACGCGUGCACAGACAAGAUCGGCCUGGACAAGGCCGGGGUUCACGUCAACCCAAAGAAUGGGAAGAUUCCGGUGAACGAUGAAGAGCAGACCAACGUGCCGCACAUCUACGCCGUUGGGGACAUUCUGGAGGGCAAGUGGGAGCUGACGCCGGUAGCCAUCCAGGCCGGCAGGUUACUAGCCCGCCGGCUCUACGGGGGAGCCAAAACCAAGGUGGACUACGUAAACGUCCCCACCACGGUCUUCACCCCGCUGGAGUACGGGUCCUGCGGCCUGUCGGAGGAUCGGGCUACCGAGCUCUACGGACAAGAAAACAUCGAGGUGUUCCACAGUCUGUUCUGGCCCCUGGAGUUCACCGUUCCUGGGAGGGAUAACAACAAAUGCUACGGCAAGAUCAUCUGCAACAAACUGGACAAUGACCGAGUCAUCGGCUUCCACUACCUGGGUCCAAACGCAGGAGAGGUGACUCAAGGCUUCGGUGCAGCCAUGAAAUGUGGAGCCACCAAGGAGCAGCUGGACACCACCAUCGGCAUCCACCCCACCUGUGCUGAGAUCUUCACCACCAUGGAGGUGACCAAGAGCUCGGGUGGAGACAUCGCCCAGGCCGGCUGCUGAGGUUAAACCCUGCUGGUUCUGCAGGCUGCUCUCACGCUGAACUCCAGUCACUAGUCCCCGCUCAGCUCUAACUCCACCCUGACGGUUCAGGGUGGAGCAGUAGCAGCAUCACUCCUGCUGCUGAGGAACUGGGAGGAACUGGGAGUGAACUGGGAGUGAGUGCAGCCUGCUGAUCAGCGGGGUUACUCCGCCGUACCUGGGCUGCACCAGCUUCUCUCGGGGAGCCCUGCACACACACACACACACGAGUGUGUGCCAGGUGUUUGUGACGUCCCGGCCCGUAAACCUGAACCUCAGGCGGGCCAGGACCGAUGUCUCUGCAGAGAAUCCUGGGCGGCCCAAAGCCUUCGUCCAAAAGUCCAACUACAUAAUUGUCCCCUAGAGGGGAGUCAGAGACUGAAACCACACGUUUAAGGGUCCACAAGGGUCUGAACUCAUGCCUUCUACUAGUUUAAGUUAAUCUGAGGAAUAUAUCUGUCAUUAUUCUAUAAAACCAGCAGCCUGCAGAGCUUCAAAUCUUCAGGGCUGUUUUACAAUACAAACUAAAUUUUAAGAAAAACAAAUCAACCCCAGUUUCACUGCCUGUUUGGUUUAUUUUUAUUAAAAUAAUGUCAUGCUUGUUUUACGGCGUUGUAUCUGCUUCUGCAUUAUGUACAUGUGUUUUCUGUAUAUAUGUCUUCAGUCCUGUAGGAGAUGGUAAAUACUGCCAGUGACAUCGGUCAUCUGUAUGAAUGUAGCCCUUUGUUUUUCCUCCACAUUAAUAAAGAAUGAGUAAAUCUUCA